UAUGGCGGUUGCGUCUUUUUUUUAUCAGAGAGAGAGAGAGGUGGAGAUUAAACUUGAAAACUUUUCGAGUUGUCAUUACACUUUGAUUCACUCUGCACAGAGAUUUUGCACAUGAAUUAUUAAGAAAUUCUUAGGACCCAUAAAGAGUUUGAGAGAAGGAUGCAAAUGAUAUCCAAAGCAUCUUGUGCUAUGGCCUCCCUUCAUUGCUCAAGGGCGGGGAGUGGGCGUUGUGUGUGGCCAGGAACGAGAGAGCUUUGCUUCAGAAAAGGUCCCUUGUAUGGAUUCAUGCACUUACUGUCUAUGCCAUUGAAGACCUUGCGUGGAGCUAGUAGAACACUUAGAGUUGCUCAAUUUUGCAGUGUUUCCAAUAUGUCUUCCUCAUUACAAAUUGAAUUGGUGCCGUGUCUUAGGGAUAACUAUGCAUAUCUUUUACAUGAUGUGGAUACUGGCACAGUUGGAGUUGUUGAUCCCUCUGAAGCUGUCCCUGUUAUAGAUGCUUUAAGAAGGAAGAACCGAAAUUUGACCUAUAUACUAAAUACACAUCAUCAUCAUGAUCACACUGGUGGGAAUGAAGAGUUGAAAGCAAGGUAUGGGGCCAAGGUAAUUGGUGCAGGAACGGACAGAGAUAGAAUUCCUGGCAUUGAUAUAGUUCUGAAUGAUGGAGAUAAAUGGAAAUUUGCAGGACAUGAGGUGGUUGUAAUGGAUACUCCUGGUCACACCCGAGGCCACAUUAGUUUCUACUUUCCUGGAUCAGGGGCAGUUUUCACAGGAGACACUCUGUUUAGCUUAUCGUGUGGCAGGCUUUUCGAAGGAACACCUGAGCAGAUGCUUUCAUCCCUGAAAAAACUCAUGUCUUUGCCGGAUGAUACAAAUAUAUAUUGCGGCCAUGAAUAUACAUUGAGUAAUUCAAAGUUUGCAUUGUCUAUAGAACCUAAUAAUGAGGCACUCCAGUCCUAUUCAGCCCAUGUGGCCCAUCUUCGCAGCAAGAAUUUGCCAACAAUUCCAACUACGCUAAAGGUUGAGAAGGCUUGUAAUCCUUUCCUCCGCAGUUCAAGUGCAGAAAUUCGCCGGUCAUUAAAUAUUCCAAUGACAGCAAAUGAUGCAGAAGCCUUAGGUGUCAUCCGUCGAGCAAAGGAUAAUUUUUAAGAUCAAAUACAGGGUGUAUCUCAUCUGUCUAUAUGAUAAGUAACCCCCUUAGUAAACUCCCCUUCUGUCCAUAUAAUUUUGGAAUUUUGGAGUUUUGUCCAUAUAUUUCGCAUAUUUUCAAUUUCUUAUAGGUUCUUAAUUUGAAUUCGGUUCUCAAUUCCAUUUGAUGAUGACAAAGCGUUUAACAUCAUAUGUCAAAUGGUUUGUGUAUGAUUGUAGUAUACCUUUGAGAUCAGAAUCUAUAUGAUUGACAUUUUUUUUUCCCCAA